AUGCAGCCUUACUGUGCAGCUGGGAAGAGGAAACAUUCCUCGGUGAGCUCAGAGAGUAAUCCAGCAAAGAAGCAAGCGGUAGUUGGAGGAUCUCCCGUCAGGCGCAAGUCCCCACGGCUGCCACAAUCUCCUUUGGGAAAGAUGACGAUGGGACAUGCUUAUCAGGAGAAGGAGAACUGCCCAUCUCCGCAGAAAUCUGCUUCCCCUGCCUAUUCUGCUGUGGCCCCCAGCGAGCUGUACCGACAUUCCCCUUUGAGAUGCUCUCCCAAGAGGGCCUCACCGCUCAAGCCUUGUGUGGGCGCAGGGUCCUUUUACAGCAAGAAGAAAGCUCUCUAUCUGACACCUUUGGAGAGGAAGGUGCUCAGUGAGGCCAAACCAUCCAGCAACAGCCUGUUCAGCCCCCCGAAAUCUGUGGAAAAGCCAAAAGCGAAAAAAGGCAGAAAGGCAAAAAAGCCGUCCGCUGCUCCUCCUCUUAAAACGAGUCUGAAGGGGUAUCUCAGUACCAAAAGUACCAUGAGAAGUUCCUUGAAGCACCCCGAAGCACCCAGCGCCAAGCAGGGAGAGCUGAAAAAGUGUCCCCCUCUGACAUUUUGCAGCAUGAAAAGCAAACCCAAACCUAAGCUGUUUGUGGGAGCUGCUUUCUUCGGCACUGGGAGAAAGACCACCACCACCAUGUACAAAAAAGCUGCGCAGAAAACAACCAAGCCUAAGCCAGCCGCUAAAGUCGAUGGAACCCAAGCUCAGGAACCUGUAAAGGAGCAGGUUUCAGAACCCGUGAAGAGGGUACCGUCUCCAGUGCGACGUGCUGUCUUUGUAAAGAAACAGGGGAAGCAAGCUCCAGCCAAACAUGUAAGCUUUGAAGAGCCCCCAUCAGCAGACUGUGCGCACUCACCACACGUCUUGUCACAAAAGUACGGCCUGACCAAGGAAGUGAAGAUUAUUCUGAGGAGAUCUCUAACCCCAUCCAGUUCAGAGUCAUCCUUGGACACCAGCUCCCAGGACUACACUACAGAGAUGGGAUCUGACGGUGUGUUUGAUAUUAGUGAAAUCAGCUCACCCAGUGUGAAGGGCAGAUCAGAGGAAGCACCUCCAUCAGUGUAUCCAAUCUUCGGUUCAAAGAGGCACCAGAAGAAGCUGAGCCUUCCUUCCCCGGUGAAGUGCAGCACCCCAUCCGCCCUCCCCUCUGCCCUCUCCGCAUCCGCAAAGCAGAGUCGAAUCUGGAGGAAGAAGGAACAGGAGAGGCAGUCUGCUGACCAGCUAAUCAUUGACGCUGGCCAGAAGCAGUUUGGUGCCACAGCUUGUGCAUCCUGUGGGAUGAUCUACAGUGCAGACAGCCUGGAAGACAACUUCCAGCACACUCAGUUCCACCAGCGGUUUCUGGACAGUAUCAAGUUUGUGGGCUGGAAAAAGGAGCGAGUAGUUGCAGAAUUUUGGGAUGGAAAAAUCAUACUUGUUCUCCCUGAAGAUCCAAAAUAUGCAGUCAAAAAGGCAGAAGAUAUCCGGCAACUUGCAGACAACGAAUUAGGAUUUCAACAGAUCUCCCUCAGCUGUCCUAGCAAGGCUAAAACGUACCUGUUUGUAAACCAUGACAAGAUGAUAGUUGGCUGCCUAAUCGCUGAACACAUCAGACAGGCCUAUAGGGUGCUGGAACAGCCAGAGCGCGCAAAAGACAUGACCAAGCAGGACUUCAUGGAGCACCACAGGGCCUGGUGCUGCUCCACUGUCCCUGAGAGGGCCAUCUGCGGAGUGAGCCGCAUCUGGGUGUUCAGCCUGAUGAGGAGACAGGGCAUCGCCAGUCGCCUGGUGGACACUGCCAGGAACACUUUCAUGUAUGGGAGCCAUCUCACCAAGGAGGAAAUUGCCUUCUCUGACCCCACACCAGAUGGGAAGCUCUUUGCCACAAAAUAUUGUGAAACACCUACAUUUUUGGUUUACAAUUUCAUUGGCUAA